AAUUUCAACUGAUGCCCAUAUCUUCCUCCUCCCACCAUUUAAAAUCACUUCACCGAGCGCUGUCCCUCCUAUAUCAACAAUGCUCAAUCCCUCAACUCAAGCAGAUCCACUCCAAUCUAACUGUCUCCGGCGUAAUCCUCGAUUCCUUUUUCGUCGGAAAACUCAGUGCUCGUUUCGCGAUUCUCGAUUUCUCUCAUGCGCUAGCCCUAUUGCGCGUCUCGCCUCAUCGCUCCGCAUCCGCGUGGAACACUGCCAUCAGAGCUUCAUCCGAAAACCACCGCCCAGAAACCGUGUUCCUACUCUGCAAACAGAUGAUAAACGGUGGUUUCUCACCGGAUAAUUACACUCUUUCGUUUAUUUUCCGGACCUGUGCUGAACUUUCCGACAUUAUUCCGGCGUCGAUGUGCCAUACCCUAGUAAUAAAAUUGGGGUGGGAGCGUCACGAUUACGUGCAAAACGGGUUGGUGCAUUGUUACGCUAGUUGCGAGUCCAUUGAAUCUGCGCGGAAGGUGUUUGAUCAAAGUUCUAAUCGGGACGUAAUCACGUGGACUGCUGUCAUCAAUGGGUAUCUAAAGAGUGGAGAGCUCAAGCACGCACGGGAGUUGUUCGAUGAAAUGCCUAACAGAAAUGCAGCUUCUUGGAGCUCCAUGAUAAAUGGCUAUGCACAAAUGGGGAUGUUUGCGGAGUCCUUGCAAACUUUCAAGGACAUGCUGGUCUCAGGAACACAGCCUAAUCAUUCUGCGAUAGUCGGAGCGCUCUCUGCGUGCGCAUACCUCGGCGCGCUGGCACAGGGCAUGUGGAUUCAUGCAUACAUUGAUAGGAGGCAGAUGGUGUGGGAUGCAGUGUUAGGAACCGCACUAGUUGAUAUGUACGCAAAAUGUGGAUGCAUCGGCAUCGCUCGUGACGUCUUCGAAAAGAUUUCAUGUCGAGACGUGUUUGCUUACACCUCAUUGAUUUCUGGAUUGGCUGAUCAUGGCGAGAGCAGUGAUGCUCUCAAGGUGUUGAGAAGAAUGGAGGACGAGGGAGUUCGUCCGAACGAAGUGACGUUUAUAUGCGUGCUGUGUGCGUGCAGCAGAGCUGGCUUGGUGGAAGAAGGGUUAAGGGUAUUCAGAAGAAUGAAAGACGUGUACGGGAUGGAGGCGAGGCAGAGACAUUACGGGUGUUUGGUGGAUCUUCUGGGUCGUGCAGGGAUGGUGGAGGAGGCGGAGAAGGUGGUGGCGGGGGCGUGGAGGGAGGGGGAUGAUGCGGGCAUGGUGGGAGCGCUGGUGAAUGCGUGGAGAGUUCAUGGUAAUGGUAGUUUGGAGAAGGCGUUGGUGGUUGAAGGAUUUGGUGUUGUUGUUUCGAAUAUGUAUGCGUGUUUGGAGAAAUGGGAGGAUGUGGAGAGAGUGAGGAAGGAGAUGGCGGAGAGAAGGGUGAAGAAGGUUGGUGGAUGCAGCUUGGUUGAAGUAGAUGGUGUGGUCUUCGAGUUUGGUGCUGGAGAUUCUUCUGUCUUGUGUCCAUGAAUCCAACUACUUUUGAUUUUGGAA